UUGAGCCGUUGCCUAGUGAUGGUGGGUAGUGACGGUGUCAUGUCGGCUCGGACGCUGCCGCUGUUGUUCCUUAACUUGGGCGGAGAGAUGCUCUAUAUCCUGGACCAGCGGCUGCGAGCACAGAGCAUCCCCGGAGAGAAGGCUCGGAAAGAUGAAUGGACAGAUGUGGACAGGAAACGAGUUAUGAAUGACAUCAUCACAACCAUGUUCAAUAAAAAAUUUAUGGAAGAGCUGUUUAAACCACAGGAACUCUAUUCCAAGAAAGCUCUGAGAACCGUGUAUGACCGGCUAGCUCAUGCUUCAAUCAUGAGACUGAACCAGGCGAGCAUGGAUAAGCUGUAUGACCUCAUGACUAUGGCUUUCAAGUACCAAGUCCUGCUGUGUCCCCGGCCCAAAGACAUCCUGCUGGUCACGUUCAAUCACCUUGAUGCCAUCAAGGAUUUCAUCUGCGAUGCCCCUGGCAUUCUGAACCAAGUGGAUGAAACUUUCCGACAGCUGAUUGAGGUAUAUGGCAGUCUCUCUGCUGGUGAAUUUCAGCUCAUCAGGCAGACGCUCCUCAUUUUUUUCCAGGACAUGCACAUAAGGGUCUCUAUCUUUCUGAAGGAUAAAGUGCAGAACUCUAAUGGUCGCUUUGUGCUGCCAAUAUCAGGCCCUGUUCCUUGGGGUACAGAGGUUCCAGGACUCAUCAGGAUGUUUAAUUGCAAUGGAGAUGAAGUUAAAAGAACCGAGUUCACCACUGGUGGAAAUUACGUCGCUCCUCAAAGGGAAGGAUCUUUUGAACUUUAUGGAGACAGAGUCCUCAAACUUGGAACAAAUAUGUACAGUGUUAGUCGGCCGGCAGAGACGCACACGUCAGGAUCAUCCAAAACCUUGGCAUCCAGUGCAAAGGAGAAUAUAACCCCUAACCCUCUUGCUAAAGAAGAACUGAACUUCUUGGCCAGGCUGCUGGGAGGUCUGGACAUCAAGAAACCUAGUGGCAGUGAGACAGGAUUCCGACUGAAUUUAUUCAUGACAGAUGAAGAAGAAGAGCAGGCGGCGCUGACAAGACCCGAGGAGUUCUCAUACAAGGUUGUGAACAUUGAAGCCACCGAGGAGCCGGCGAGGAGAGCGGAGCUGGAUCGAAUCAUGGGCGACCUGCAGGUGGCGGAACAGUGCGAGGAGAGCUGCGGGAAGGGAGAGGACCUGCUGGCUCUGAUGGACGGGUUGUGAGCCAUUAAAGGCGUUUCUUCCA